GAGCCCGACAAUGAGUAUCCGGAAACAAUGAUCAAGUACCAGCCGGAUAUUAGAUAUUACUUACCUGAGGAAAUUCGAAAUUGAAAUUGGUGCCGCAAUGUUGUCAGAUUGUCUACUAAUCGUGUUUAUUUCAGUUUGCACAGCUUUACUUGGAGAGGGAUUGACAUGGCUCCUAGUGUAUCGCACGGAAAAGUACAAAAAGUUGAAGGCAGAAGUUGAAAAACAGAGCAAAAAAUUGGAAAAGAAAAAAGAAGGUGGAGAAACAUCAGACAGAAGUCAGAAGAAAAAGCUAGAGCGUCAAGAAGAAAAACUGAAAAAUCAUAAUCGGGAUUUAUCCUUUGUGAAAAUGAAGUCCAUGUUUGCCAUUGGAUUUGCCUUUACAGCUCUCCUCAGCAUGUUUAACUCUAUAUUUGAUGGUCGAGUUGUAGCCAAGAUGCCAUUCGUGCCAAUUAGUCUAUUGCAGGGAAUCUCCCAUAGAAACUUGGGAGGGGAUGAUUACUCCGAAUGUUCUUUCAUUUUCUUGUAUAUCUUGUGCACCAUGUCGAUAAGACAGAAUGUUCAGAAGCUCCUUGGAUUGGCACCAUCAAGAGCAGCAAGUAAACAAGGAGGGGGGCUCUUUGCAACACCAGGUCAACUUAACACAAGAUAAAACAUUAUAAAUGUACACGAGGAGAAAAAAUAAUCAUCUAUGGAAUAAAAUUCUUUCAUUCAUAA